AUGGAGGCGCGUAACACGUUGUGUUUUAUUUCUUUCUUCGAUUGUGUCGUAGUUGAUUUUCUUUUCGAAUCUUUAAAUUUCGUACAACUCUCAGCGAAGAACUCGACGAUUUGCAUAGUCAAUCUCCAACAAGGUUUAAUUCAAUCACGAUUACUUCAACGGCAAUGGACGAAGUGGUUCGCUAUCUACGCCAUCCUCAUCUAUUUGGUGACGAAUAUCUCCUAUUACACUCUAUUUCUUUCAAGAGACUUCGUUAGUCGAUUCUAUGCAUUUACCCUUUCGAUUGUAUUGGCUAUUUUAUUUUACGGUAUUCAUUGGAUUAUUCGAUGGUACUUUCGAAUGAUUAUUCAAGCAAAAGAAGACAAAUUAGAAAUAUUCAAGGAGCGAAAGCAAGAACUGAUUGAGGAAGUGAAAAAUAAAGAAACAUAUGCCGUAGCCAAGAAUCUUUUGGAAAAAUAUGGUGAAACCAUCGCACCUGAGAUCCGAUCUCCCAUUGCCAAUGGAAAUAGUAAAGAUCUACGUCCACGUGUAUCUAUUAAACCAGGCGUACCAAACUUGGAAAAGCCUGUUGUUUCCAUUACUCCACCGAAAUCAAUAUCACAGGAAAACGGUAAUCAUCCGAUCCAAACACCAGUACGUGGCGGGUCAACGCGUUUAGCUGCUGGUGUUACGCCUGGCAAAUUACCACGAGCAAUUCUACCGCCACAACGCACGUUUUGGGGUGCUAUUCUUGAUACCAUUGUUGGUGAUGGACCAUCGAAACGUUAUGCAUUGAUUUGCAGCUCAUGCAAUAGUCACAAUGGCAUGGCAUUAGACGAAGAAUUCGAAUAUUUAUCAUUUCGGUGUGCAUAUUGUAACUAUCUCAAUGGUGCUCGUAAACGCAAACCUGUUUUUAACGGUAAUUUAUCAAGUCCAUCGCCACCAGCUGCUCCUCUUCCAGCUCCAAUACAAAAUCAAUCUGCAGCCGAACCCAUGGAACUGUCCGUCACCGAUUCUUCGGACUCAACAGACCAAGCAACUGAAUCUCAGAUAGAUUUCGUCAUUCCUUGUCGUGAAAAAGGAACGAAAGAGAGAGAGAUGUCGUCUGAAGCUACCGGUGAUAAAGUUGAUGAACAAGGUUCAACACAAGAAAAACUCAGUAAAAAUGAACUUAAACGACAAUUGAAAGCUCAAAAGAAGGCUGAUGAAAAGGCACAGAAGGUAACCACUGUUCCACAAACGCAGUCAUCUACGAAAAAGGAAGCAGCUAGUGCGGGUGCUGGUGAGAAUGAUGAACAAGAUAUUGAUCCAAAUGAAUACUACAAGAUGCGCGUUCAUCACAUUCAACAACUGAAACAAGCCGGUGAAACAGUUUAUCCACAUAAAUAUCAUGUAUCAAUAUCAUUACGCGAUUAUAUCGAUAAAUAUACUCAUUUGCAAAAUGAAGAAGUUCAUGAAGACAUCGUCUCUGUUGCCGGACGUAUCUAUUCAAAACGUUCAUCGGGCACUAAACUGUAUUUUUAUGAUCUUCAUAGUGAUUCAGCUAAGAUCCAAAUUAUGGCCAAUCUCAAGAUGUAUCACAACGAAGAAGAAUUUGCGACUGUGAAUGAUCGUAUUCGUCGUGGUGACAUCGUUGGUGCCAAGGGAAAACCAACACGAACAAAAAAGGGCGAACUCAGUCUUAUCCCAACAGAACUGAUCAUUCUUACACCAACAUUACAUCAGUUGCCUAGUUUACAUUAUGGUCUUAAGGAUAAGGAAACACGUUUUCGUCAACGAUAUCUCGAUUUACUGAUCAACGAUUCAGUUCGACAGAAAUUUAUUGUCAAAGCAAAAAUCAUCAACUAUGUUCGACAAUUUCUUAAUUCGCUCGGUUUUCUCGAAGUUGAAACACCAAUGAUGAAUAUGAUUGCAGGUGGUGCUGCUGCUAAACCAUUCAUCACUCAUCAUAACGAUCUCGAUAUGAAAUUAUUCAUGCGUGUCGCACCGGAACUUUACCUUAAAAUGUUAGUUGUCGGUGGUCUAGAUCGUGUUUUUGAAAUCGGCCGUGUCUUUCGUAAUGAAGGUAUCGAUAUGACACACAAUCCUGAAUUUACCAUCUGUGAAUUCUAUAUGGCAUAUGCGGACUACAAUGAUUUAAUGGAUUUAACUGAGAAAUUAAUAUCCGGUCUUGUUAAACAUCUCUUUGGAACCUAUAAAAUCGCGUAUCAUAUGAACGGACCUGAUCAAGCACCAGUUGAAAUCGAUUUUACACCGCCAUUCAAACGUUUGAGUUUAAUCGAAGAUUUGGAGAAAGCAACCGGCGAGAAAUUUCCACCCGCGACGGAAUUGGGUACAUCAGAAUCGAAUAGAUUUCUCGAUAAUCUCUGUAAGAAACAUGAAAUCGAAUGUACCAAUCCACGUACAACUGCUCGAUUGAUUGACAAAUUAGCUGGACAUUUUCUCGAAACUCAAUGUCUCAAUCCAACGUUUCUUUGCAAUCAUCCGCAAUUGAUGAGUCCUUUAGCGAAAUAUCAUCGCUCCAUCCCUGGUCUAACAGAACGUUUUGAAUUAUUUAUUUGUUACAAAGAAACAUGCAAUGCUUACACUGAAUUGAAUGAUCCACUCGUGCAACGACAAAUGUUCGAGUUACAAGCUAAAGACAAGGAUGCUGGUGACGAUGAAGCUCAAUUAAUCGAUGAAAACUUUUGCACCGCACUUGAAUAUGGUUUACCACCCACCGGUGGUUGGGGUUUAGGUGUUGAUCGUCUAACGAUGAUGCUCACUGAUAGUAACAAUAUCAAGGAAGUUUUACUGUUUCCAGCGUGCAAACCUUAUAAGGAAGGUGAAGAGCAUGCCAAACUUGAGGAUGGAAUAACACCGAAAGUGGAAACAACUGGCAAACCUACACAGUGA